CAAUGUUAUCGGGGAAGAUGUCAUCGCGCGCGUACCGAAAAUAAGAAUUCAGUUGUUCGUUCGUGCUCGUUCGUUCAAGAUGAGAGAAUCACUGAUCAUUUGCUCGGUCGUUUUAACGCUCUUCGCCGUAGACACUUUGGCUAUCGAAGGUGUCAAAGGUGGCCAUCGAUCUCAUCGACCGAAUCAAAGCGGAGGUCUUAACAGUACCAUUCAGGCAGGACUUUGUUACAAAAGGAUACCUUAUGCGGAUGCACUAGCGUUGAACUCCACUGGACAGUUCCCUCAUAACACCCUUCCCUCUACCAACGAGAACGAGCCGACUAACGGAUGGAUCACGAUUUUGGACUGCUGCGAUGGCUACGAGCGUAACAUUACUUCCGGAGGCUGCGAGCCUCGUUGCAUUCAAGGAUGCUUAGGUGGAAGAUGCACCGCGCCGAACGUUUGCACCUGUUCACCGGGUUGGUUCCCGCAGGAGGGUGUUUGCAUGCCCUAUUGCGAUAGACCGUGCCAGAAGGAUGCUUACUGUUUCUCGGCGAACGUGUGCGCCUGUAAGCUAGGCUACGACGAGGUGAACGGCGAGUGUAAACCGAUUUGUCCAGGGGGCUGUAGGAACGGUGACUGCGUGGCACCCCGUGUGUGCAGGUGCAAGACGGGAUACGUGCUUCGGGCGUCCUCUGAAAGUACCGGGAUCGAAUCGAAGGAAUGCGUACCUGUCUGCGAGAAUGGUUGCCGUAACGGGGAGUGCACUGCUCCGGGUGUAUGCAGUUGCAACGAAGGGUACACAAAUCCUCCAGAAGACAGGGAAUCCUGUGUACCGAGGUGUCCUGCUGGAUGCAUCAACGGCGAAUGCAUCUCUCCAGGUGUUUGUAAAUGUAAAUCAGGCUUUACUCUCGAUUCCAGUAACAAGUGCAUUCCAGAGUGUCCUCAAGGUUGCGCGAACGGCGAGUGCGUUGCACCAGGUGUCUGCAGGUGCAGACAAGGCUACACCACCGACUCCUCCAACAAUUGUGUCCCGGAGUGUCGUCAAGGUUGUAGCAACGGCGAGUGUGUCGCUCCAGGUGUCUGCAAUUGUAGACCAGGUUAUACUCUAGACUUCGCCAACAAGUGCAGCCCGGAUUGUCCUCAGGGAUGCGAGAACGGUGAAUGCGUCGCUCCAGGAGUCUGCAACUGCAACAUAGGCUUCUCUCGCGACUCGAACGGCAUAUGUGUCCCUCUGACCAGUCUAUCCAGCACUUCCUCUCAGUGCAGAUCCGGUUGCGGACCAAACGGUACCUGCGUAGGUCCUAAUCGAUGUGCCUGCGAUCUGGGCUAUCGCGUUGACCCAGAUACCGGCAAGUGUAUCCCAGCCGCGAUGUCGUUCCAAUGUAGAAACGGCUGUGGCUCUCAUGGUUUUUGCGUUGGUCCGGACUUGUGCAUCUGCGAUUACGGUUUGAACGUAGAUCCCGACACCGGAAGGUGUCCCGAACCACGACCGACCGUUCAACCAUCGUCCCAGUGCAGAUACAGCUGCGGGCCGAACAGUGAAUGCGUAGGUCCUGAUACUUGCGCGUGUAAUCGUGGAUUCGUGAUGGACCGGGCUAGCAGAAGAUGCGUCCCUGAGACUUCGUCGCAGAUGGGCGAGCCCAUCUGCGAGAUGCCGUGCAUCAACGGUGAGUGCACUGGUCUGAAUCAGUGCAGCUGCAAACGCGGUUACAUGAUGGAUCCUAACGACGUGACACGAACCAGGUGUCUACCUGUGUGCAUCGGUGGAUGCCCGAACGGAGUCUGUUCUGGGCCUAACUUCUGUAUCUGUAAUCUUGGCUACAGGAAGGAAACUGGCGUUAAGGGUAGACAGAGAUGUGUUCCAGUUUAAAUAAACCUUUCUUCUUUUAUUAUCAAUCUUUCUCGUAGUAUAAUAAAAUUUUAUUUAACACGUUUUAAAUUUUAUACUAUUUCUCUAAUAUAUGAAAGUUUUUCGUUUAAUAAUUUCAGUGCCUAAUUAUGAUCGAUGCAUCGUUGGUGAUUAGACAUACUUCGUUCGAGUGCAAGUAGGUUAUAUAAGAAAUUGUAUAACUGCCAGUUGGAUUUCUGUACGAGUGAAAUUGUACCUUAAAAAAACGAGAUAUGUAUCAUCGAUAACUAUUGUUUAGAUCUUAGAUAGCGUUGGUCAAUUUGUAUAAUUGUUCAUAAAUAAAGUGAAUAACGUUCGACAAA